CCAGCAGUGACUCCUGCACCCGUCUGCUGUUUCUUGGUCACCGCUAUGUUCGCUGCGGCGACCAAGAACUUUGUGAAGCAGGUGGGAGACACAGGUCGGUUGAUCCCCGUACCGAGUCUGAGUGAGGCUGACCGCUACCAACCGCUCAGCCUGGUCACCAGGAAGAGGAAGAGACACUUCUGGAAGAAAACCAAGUAUGCCUCAACCCCCUUCUCCCUGAAAGACAUCCUGGUGGGGGAGAAGGAGAUCACAGCAGGGGUGUCGUCGUACCAGCUCCUGAACUAUGAGGACAAAUCUGACGUGGCCCUGAACGGCAGAUUAGGGAACCACCUGAUGAACGACGUGGGGUUCAACAUCAGUGGUUCAGACUCUGUGGCCGUCAAAGCCUCCUUUGGGAUCGUCACCAAACACGAGGUGGAGGUCCCAACUCUACUCAGGGAACUCAACUCCAGGAAAGUGGAUCUUGAUCACUGUCUGAUUCGUCAGUCCAAAGAAAGUGGGCGGAGCGUUCUCUGCGUUGUCAUGGAGAGCAUCCGUACGACUCGUCAGUGUUCUCUCACUGUCCACGCUGGCAUGAGACGGACGACUAUGAGGUUUCAGAUUGAUGAUGGUCGAAACCCCAAAGGUCGAGACAAGGCCAUAGUGAUCCCAGCUCACACCACCAUCGCAUUCAGCAUCUUUGAACUGUUUGUUCGAUUGGAUGGACGACUUG